AUGCAUCAGUUCUUGGAGUUGGACAAGAUGGUCCAGUUGACGAUUCUUGCGUACCUUGAGCUGGGCGAGCUGCUGAUCUCGACUUGCAGCAGUCGGCAGCAACGCCAGCGUCUGCAAGAUGUUCGUCAGCUGAAAAUCACGGCACCGUCCCACUGCAACGUGAAACUGCUGGGUCUUUUCCCCUCGGUCAGAACAGUCCGUGCACUGGUUGUCAGGGGCAAUCCACGUGGUGAAGGUCAUCACCCAGAACCUGAGAUCGCUGGACGGCUGCCUUUUGCGCUGACGGCGCUGCCCAAGCUGAGCCAAUUGCUUCUGUCUGACGAUGAUUCGUGGUGGCAUGGCCAGGAAAGCCCCGACUUCGUCUGGGAUGUCAUCGUUGAUCUUACGAAGAGCCUUGCAUGUGCACGCCAAAGCAUGCUGCUGCAGGGCCUGGAGUGGAUCGAGCUUUGCUGCCAUUCUUGUCCCCAAAGUGUGCUCAAUAGGCAGACUGAUCGGCUACCAGCAGGUUGCAGCUGCCGUGAGAUCGCCCGGGGUUUUCCAGUUGCUACUGUGAUCCACUUGGUGGCAAAUGGUGACCUGUGUCUGGGUCGACUGGAACUACUGAACAUUGCUUUGUCCCGCGGCGUUGAUUUAAACAGUUCUUUCCCAGGUAAUCCAGACAUCACCUUAUUCCACCAUGUCCUCACGGAAAUGACUCCCCACGACGGCUAUCCAGACAAAGAGUUCGGCGAGGAUACUGACAGGAUGUGUUGUGCUAUCAUCGAGCGCAUGGUGCGGGCUGGGCAUGCGCGUCCGGACCAGAAACUGCUGGCAGAUAUGGCUUCUGGAAAAUUUUUGGAGGACCUUUUAGAUCCGUGGACAGAGGCCUCCUUGCCUCAGUGCUUGGACUACUUUCAUGACUAUGCCGCAAGCCUACGCGCGUGGCUCACUUCAGGUCAGCAGGAACCCUUCAGAUGGAGAUACCCAAGACAAGUGUAA